GUCAAAACCCAGCCCACUUCUCUCCCAAACCCCUUUCUCUCCUAGGGUUUCACCAGCACAGUCUCGCAUCUCAUCCAACCCCAACCAAGGCUAUCAUGGUCGGAGGACUCGACGCCGGAGCGGUCCCCUUCAACCCUGACGGGUGGGGCCCACCAGAUUCCAGCACGACAACCGCCGACGCCAAUAACAACAACCUCCCUCUAAACGUGCCCUUCGCGCCCUUCUCGCGCUCCGAGAAGCUUGGCCGGAUCGCCGACUGGACCCGCAACUUCAACAACGCCGCCCGGUCCAAGAACCCCUCCGACUCCGUCUUCGACUUCUCCAACGACGACUCGUUCCCGGCCUCCGCUGAUGACGACUCCUCCUUCCGCCUUGUAGAUGGCAAGCCUCCCCCGAAGCCUCGCUUCGGUCCCAAAUGGCGGUUCCAGCAGCAGCGGCAGCUCCCCCAGCGCCGCGACGAGGAGGUGGAGGCCAAGCGCCGCGAGGCCGAGAAGGAGCGCGCCCGCCGCGACCGCCAAUACCACCAGAACCGCUCGAACGCCAACCAGACGCGCCGCGAGGCCGCCGUGUUCAAGUCCUCCGUGGACAUCCAGCCCGAGUGGAACAUGCUGGACCAGAUCCCCUUCUCCGCCUUCUCCAAGCUCUCCUUCUCCGUCCCCGAGCCCCCUGAGGACCUCCUCCUCUGCGGCGCCCUCGAGUUCUACGACCGCUCGUACGACCGCGUCGCGCCAAAGAACGAGCGCCGCCUCGAGCGCUUCAAGAACCGCAACUUCUUCAAGGUCACCACCACAGACGACCCCGUCAUCCGCCGCCUCGCCAACGAGGACAAGGCCACGGUCUUUGCCACCGACGCCAUCCUCUCCACGCUCAUGUGCGCGCCGCGUUCUGUGUACUCCUGGGAUAUCGUGGUCCAGAGGGUUGGGAACAAGCUCUUCUUCGAUAAGCGCGACGGAUCGCAGCUCGAUUUUCUGUCCGUUCACGAGACCUCGCAGGAGCCCUUGCCGGAGGCCAAGGACGACAUCAACUCUGCGUACUCGCUCGGAGUUGAAGCCGCGUUUAUCAACCAGAACUUUUCCCAGCAGGUCCUGAUCAGGGAAGGGGAUAAGGUCACCUUCGAUGAGCCCAAUCCGUUUGCGAACGAAGGCGAAGAGGUUGCCUCCGUGGCAUACCGGUACCGGCGGUGGAAGCUCGAUGACGACAUGUACCUGGUGGCGAGGUGCGAGGUCCAGAGCGUGGUCGAGGUGAACAAGCAGAGGUCUUUCCUCACUCUCAACGCUCUCAAUGAGUUUGAUCCAAAAUACUCCGGCCUCGAUUGGAGGCGGAAGCUUGAGACUCAGAGAGGAGCGGUGCUCGCCACCGAGCUCAAGAACAAUGCGAACAAGCUCGCAAAAUGGACCUCUCAGGCUCUGUUGGCAGGCGCGGAUAUGAUGAAAUUGGGUUAUGUUUCGAGGGUUCAUCCCCGUGAUCAUUUCAACCAUGUUAUAUUGUCUGUCGUUGGGUACAAGCCGAGGGAGUUUGCAGCGCAGAUCAAUCUGAACACGUCGAAUAUGUGGGGAAUUGUGAAGUCCAUUGUGGAUUUGUGUAUGAAAUUGAAUGAAGGGAAGUAUGUGCUUGUGAAGGACCCAACCAAGCCACAGGUUAGGAUCUACGAGGUGCCGCCAGACGCCUUUGAGAAUGAUUACGUGGAGGAGCCGCUGCCAGAGGAUGAGCAGGUUCAGCCUCCCUCGGAGGAGGCCAAUGGUGGGGAGGAAAAUGCUGUAGAAGAGAAGGUAGAAGAGAAGGAGGUUGAUGCUCAAGCUUAAAGGGUAAUGGUUUUUUCUAUUCAAUUUACUUGCCACAUCUGUUUUAGUUUCUGUUAGUUUAAAUUUUUUGGCACCUCUAUAAGCAACUUACAAUAGCAUAAAGAUUAUGGGGCUCAGGAAUAGACCCACCUACUUUUGGUUAGUUUACAGAACUGCAAAUUCAUUCCCAUAUGAUUACUUUAUUGGAGAAAAUUGACUACAACAUAACACAAAUAUUUCGAAUGUCCCAAAUCAUGCAAAUUAGGGAACUCAUCCUCGAUUCUUUCAAAUGAGAUGCCCUCCUUACAAAUAAAAAGCAUGAGAAAAAAUAAAUUAUGCGUGCUUUGUAACUUUCCUGUGUAACAAUUCUUAAGAACUCUAGAAAAAACUAAAGUUGAAUCAAUGAGGAAAAGAUGGCGGAUAAAAGAAUAAAGUUCAAUGCUCACAAUCUAUCAAAGCUUGAUCCAAUUCCCAGUGAUCUCAGGUAUCUUGCCUGAUAUCAUGUGCCAUAUAUCCUACUGCUGGCAGUAUCUGAAGUUUGAGAGUUUCUGAAGUCUAAAAGCUAUAGGUUCAAAUAAUUAUGUCAAAUAACUUCACUUCCAAGUUGUCUAAGUUCUGUAAAAUGAAAGUUUCUGGUAUUGUUCCCAUAAAAUUGUUUGAAGCAAGAUACAUGCAGGAUAGAAAAACAAUCAGUUUCCUUUGAAGUAAGAUGAAAAAAGUUUGUGAUGGCAUACAUUACAUGGUGCUGAUGCAAACACAUGGAUAUGAGGUGUUAGCGCAGCUACAGAAAAAGUGUAAAGCUAUAUAAAUUGUGGAAUGAGAGAUGAGUGCAUCCAUUGUCGAAGUUUGACUAACAGGAGCUUCUAUAUGAUAGAAAAGAUAGAACAUGUUCCAGUAUCCAAUUGAUUGAACUUAAAUCAAUAACAUAUUUUAAGAAAUCAUCUGCAAAAUACAUUUGCAACAUAAAUUUUCAUACAACUAGACCAUACUGGAGAAAAAAUACACAUGGAAAUUGGUAGACUUGGUGAAAAUGUAAAAUCAUCAUAUUUUGCAUUUAUCUUCUGUAAUGUCUCUAGUCAUUUCAAUAAAAGAAAUAAAAGUAGUAGAUUACUCUUUUUAAACUAGAACAAAGACAAUCCAAGAAUUAGGUAGCUAAAAAGAAACUGAAUUUUAAAUAUGACGUCAACCAUCUUACAAUGUAAUGACCGAGAGAAAGGGCUAGCUACAUCUAUGC